UCCAGCUUCUUUACUCUUCUCUCUUUCAUUCUCACUUUGCCUAAUUGAUUCAUUACUGACUUGCGGGGCGCCUCUCUGCAGAUACCCGCGAUCAGAACAAUGUCCAACACCGUCAUCCACCCUGACGUCGAGGUCAAUGCCGGCACCCUCGAGCUCAAGGAUAACACCAUCAUCAUUGUCCUUGGAGCAUCUGGUGACCUUGCAAAGAAGAAGACCUUCCCCGCUCUCUUUGGCCUCCACCGAAACAACUUCCUCCCCAAGAAUGUCAAGAUUGUCGGAUAUGCCCGCACAAAGAUGGACCACGAGGAGUACAUCCGCCGUGUCAAGUCCUACAUAAAGACCCCCACCAAGGAGCUCGAGCAGCAAUUGGAGGAGUUCGCCAGCUUCUGCACCUACGUUUCUGGCCAGUAUGACCAGGACGAGUCUUUCGUCAACCUCACAAAGCACUUGGAGGAGCUCGAGUCUGGCCGCAAGGAGACACACAGGAUAUUCUACAUGGCGCUCCCACCCAGCGUCUUCAUCACUGUCUCACAGCACCUCAAGCGCAACUGCUAUCCCACAAAGGGCAUUGCACGAAUCAUUGUCGAGAAGCCGUUCGGCAAAGAUCUUAACAGCUCCCGACAGCUCCAGCGCGCUCUUGCGCCCGACUGGAACGAGGAUGAGAUUUUCCGAAUUGACCACUACUUGGGCAAGGAGAUGGUGAAGAACAUCCUUAUCCUCAGAUUCGGUAACGAGUUCUUUGGCGCCACCUGGAACAGGAACCACAUCGACAAUGUGCAGAUCUCUUUCAAGGAGCCCUUUGGCACCGAGGGCCGAGGAGGGUACUUUGACGAAUUCGGCAUCAUCCGUGACGUGAUGCAGAACCACUUGUUGCAGGUCCUUACCUUGCUCACCAUGGAGCGACCCAUCUCUUUCUCCGCUGAGGACAUUCGUGACGAGAAGGUCCGCGUCCUUCGUGGCAUGCCCGCCCUCGAGCCAAAGAACGUCAUCAUUGGCCAGUACGGAAAGUCCUUGGACGGCACUAAGCCCGGUUACAAGGAGGAUGACACAGUUCCCAAGGAUUCAAGGUGCCCUACCUUUGCCUCCAUGGUUGCAUACAUCAAGAACGAGCGCUGGGACGGUGUGCCAUUCAUCCUCAAGGCCGGUAAGGCUUUGAAUGAGCAGAAGACUGAGGUCCGCAUCCAAUUCAAGGAUGUCACCUCCGGAAUCUUCAAGGACAUUCCCCGUAACGAGCUCGUCAUCCGAGUCCAGCCCAACGAGAGUGUGUACAUCAAGAUGAACUCCAAGUUGCCCGGUUUGAGCAUGCAGACCGUCCUCACAGAGCUCGACCUCACCUACCGACGACGAUUCUCUGACCUCAAGAUCCCCGAGGCCUACGAGUCGCUCAUUCUUGAUGCUCUCAAGGGUGAUCACUCCAACUUCGUUAGAGACGAUGAGCUCGAUGCCAGCUGGAGAAUCUUCUCGCCACUCCUGCACUACUUGGACGACAACAAGGAGAUCAUCCCUAUGGAGUAUCCCUAUGGCUCCCGCGGACCUGCUGUCCUUGAUGACUUCACCGCAUCCUACGGUUACAAAUUCAGCGACGCUGCUGGCUACCAGUGGCCCAUGUCCAACACUGAGAAGUUGUAGAUCUUCUCAAUUCUCGAUUCCCCACUACCUCCAGGCUCUCUCUCCAUCUCCUCUCUUGGAAAUUCCGCAACCCUGAUCUGUAGAGGAAAGUGGUUGUUUGGGUUGAGGUUGGAGCAAAUCUGAUGCUUCGAUCUAUGUUUAGGCAAAACCGGGCCCUCAA